AUCGAGCUGCGUCGCGACGCCUUCACACCAAGAGCGGCCGCACUCUUUUGUCCUUCUCUCGCACGUCACCUUAUCUCGGCCUUCUUGCUUUCCGCCCAAACCCAGAGCGAAAGAAAUCACCUCCGCUUCGGAUCGCCUCCCCGUCCCCUCCCCUGCUUCGGGGUUUCGGGUCGGUUGGUACCUGAUCUCCAGUGGCUGAGACGAUAUGACGGCGCAAGUGACUCGUGAAUGGACUGGAAUCCAGCAGUUUCCUGCUGCUACGCAGAACAAAUUGCAUGAAUUGUUAGGGAAAUUGAAGCAAGAGAAUGUGAGCACAUUGACAAUUCUGGUGAUGGGAAAGGGUGGAGUCGGGAAGUCAUCCACAGUCAACUCCAUUUUAGGGGAGAGGGUGGCUUCUGUCAGUGCUUUUCAGUCGGAGGGGUUGAGACCCAUAAUGUGCUCCCGGACUCGAGCAGGAUUCACAUUGAACAUCAUAGACACUCCAGGGCUUGUGGAAGGUGGAUAUGUCAAUGAGCAGGCUAUUGAAAUUAUAAAAAGGUUUCUUCUGAACAAGACUAUAGAUGUUCUUCUAUAUGUGGACCGCUUGGAUGCAUAUAGGAUGGAUAGUUUGGAUAGGCAGGUCAUCAAAGCCAUCACCGACACAUUCAGCAAAAGAAUAUGGCAGAGAUCUUUGGUUGUUUUGACUCAUGCUCAGUUAUCUCCACCAGAUGGAUUGAACUAUGAUGAUUUCUUUGCCAAACGGUCAGAAGCACUUAUGAGAUAUGUUCGCUUGGGUGCUCGAAUCAGGAAACAGGAUUUUGAGGAAUCUUCCAUUCCUGUGGUCCUGGUUGAAAACAGUGGGAGAUGCAAGACCAACAGUGGUGGGGAAAAGAUUCUUCCUGAUGGUACGCCAUGGAUUCCAAAUUUGGUGGAAGUAAUCACAACAGUUAUCGCUAAUGGGAGCAAGCCUAUUACGGUGGACCAGAAGUUGAUCGAGGGCCCCAAUCCAAAUGACAGGGGAAAGUUCUUCAUACCCCUUAUCCUGGCAUUCCAGUAUUUUUUCGUGGUUAAGGGGAUUCAACGUGCGAUUAAGCAAGACAUUAAACAGGAACGUAAGCCGCUCUGGGAGCUUCGCGACAUGGGCUUGGCAAAUCGCAAAUUCUAACAUUUCCAGUAUCGAUGAUGCUUGUUCUGUUUUUUGUUUUCGAUGCGUCAAACUAUCCUCGAUUAUCUUUUUGUUACUUACUGAAUCAGAUGAUAGAACUCAUUUUUCUAUCAGAGAAUGAGUUCUUUAGUUCUUCCAGCAGCAUUUUUUAACAUAAUUCGCAUUUUGGAAAUGAUGUUGCUUUGCAAUGGAUUCUCUUUA